AGGGUGGGGGUCGAGGGAAGGGAUGGAGAGUGGUCCCCCGGGAUUGGGAGGGGGAUGGGCAGGGCUGGACAAUAACGCCCAGGAACCCAGGCGGCGCAGCCGCCCCCAAAAGCCCGAAAAGCCGGGUCUACAAUCUCCUCUCUUUAGGAGUUCUCAGGAAGUUUGGGGGAGGGGCGCUCCGCUCUCUCCUGUUCCCGGGAGGGUGAGGAAGGACGACAGCAGCAGCAGGUCUCGGAGCUGUCACGUCCCGCCCACGGGCGGGCUCGGGCGCUCGCCGCGGGGUCUGCGGGGCGCGGGCGAGGGGCGGCGGGCAGAGCGUGCCGGGCGGCAUGGGGGGACUGGUCCUGCUCAACGCCCUGGCCACCCGGCUGCUGUUUGUGCUGCACUCGCUGGUUGGAGUCUGGCGAGUGACCGAGGUGAAGAAGGAGCCGUGGUACUGGCUGCUGGCGCUGCUCAACCUCUUGCUCUUUCUGGAGACGGCGCUCACCCUCAAAUUCAAGCGCGGCAGAGGCUACAAAUGGUUUUCACCAGCCAUACUUUUAUAUCUGAUUAGCAUUGUUCCAUCAUUAUGGCUUCUUGAAAUGCACCAUGAGACUCAGUAUUGCAGUAGCCAGUCUGAAGGAAUGUUACAGAAUACCAGCAGCAAAGAAGACUUCAAUCAAACUCUAAUGUCAAGUGAACAAACCAACGGAGCGGAUGAUCUCAUUGAGACGGCCAAAGUUUUUGUAAAUAACUUAUCUACAGUAUGUGAGAAAGUUUGGACUUUGGGACUUCAUCAGACAUUCCUGCUAAUGCUCAUAAUUGGAAGAUGGCUUCUACCCAUUGGAGGCGGGAUCACACGGGAUCAACUCUCUCAACUUCUCCUUAUGUUUGUGGGGACAGCUGCUGACAUACUGGAAUUCACAAGUGAGACCUUGGAAGAAGAAAAUGUGAGGAAUAGCCCUGCCCUGGUCUACGCCAUCCUUGUUAUAUGGACCUGGAGUAUGCUGCAGUUUCCACUUGACCUGGCAGUACAGCACAUCGUGUGCCCCUUGUCUGUGACAACGAGGGGGUUUCCCAGCCAGUUCUUCUGCCAAUACAGUGCCGAUCUGUGGAACAUUGGAAUCAGCAUCUUCAUACAAGACGGUCCCUUCCUUGUGGUGCGUCUCAUACUGAUGACCUAUUUCAAAGUGAUCAACCAGAUGCUUGUGUUCUUUGCCGCCAAGAACUUCCUCGUGGUGGUGUUACAGCUCUACCGCUUGGUGGUGUUGGCGCUGGAUGUCCGCGCCUCCUUGCGAAGUCAGCAAGAAGGCCGGAAAGGAGAGCACCGAUGCCCUGGUGAACCAGCGGAGAGUGCGGUACCACCUGGGGACUGGGCAGGUGGCUCUCAGGAAGGCGUGGCUAUUCCUUUGCAGGCCUCACCAGUCACCUCCAGUGACUCUCACCCUACACCACAGUGAGUCAUUGACAGCAGCAUGCAGCUAGAAGGUUUGACUUUCUGGUUCUUCUUACCGACAGAAUCUUCCUCUGACUCUCUCUCUCUGUCUUUUUUUUUUUUUUUUUAAACCUUGGCAUAUAAUAAUUUUCAAAAGAACAGCAUAAAAAGUGAUCUUAAAUCCAAAGCCGAGGAAUUUUCUUUCUUCAACUGAAUGAAAAGAACUUUGAUUAGUGACUAUCGCUACAACUUCUGUGUGAUGGUAUCAGAUGUUACAGUUGUUCAACGACUAAGUGAUUUGUUUGUCUUGAACUGUUCGAAAAGCUUUGGACAGGGUUACAGUGACAUGCCCUCCAGAGAUUUAAUGCAGACAAACUGUCGUGGCUGUUACCUGAAAAUAGAGAAGCUUUGAACUUUGGCUCUAUUGUCAGACUAUCUCAUCUGAUCUUUUCUGCCAUGUCCCUCUGACAU